UGCGAUUGAAUGAUUAUAAUGUUCAACACAAACACAAAGUCAAAUUAUAUUUCCCAACUUUUUACAAACCUACCGCUAAACCAUGGUUUUAUGGAUUAAAACUAAGUAGCGACCGAAGAUUGUAACAAUGUGUAGGACCUCGGUUACAUAUAUCCGUACGCUUGCAGACGAAUGCGGACGAAUCACACGAUUCCAGUGCAAUCACUCGAAAUUCCUAGUUCUAGUUACUAAUAUCAACAGCUACCACCGUACAACAUUAAAUAUUAUAUAGCCUCUUCCGACAUUGAUGUAAUGAAGGUCAUACUUUAUUUUCUUGAUAAGUGUAGAUUACGUAUUUAAUGUAAACCGAAUGUUAAUAAUCCAAAUGUUUAAUGGAAAACAUACUAGUAGUCAUAUAAAAGUAGAUCAACUGAAUGUAGAUGCUACUCCAAAUGAAUAUUUCGGAAAAAUUAGUAGCGAAGUAAAACCGUUGAACGAUGACAGUAGUAUUUCUGUUACUGUACCGGUUAAAAAGAAUUUACAUGAAAAACUUCAGGUAACUGCGAACUUGAAUUUUAAUAAUCUACCAAUUUUGAAAGACGAAGUUAUUGUGCUCUGUGACGCUAUAGCCGAAAAUGGAUUUUUCCAACCAAUUGUUAAAAAAGUAGAACCCAGUGACAAAUUCCCGAAAAGUUGUCCGAUACCAGCGGGCGAAUGGAAAAUUACAAAUUAUGUUAUCGAUAUGGAUGACUAUCUUCCAUUUGGAUUAGUACCUUCAGGAAAUUUUGAUGGUCAAUUUGACAUUGGCUUACCAAAUGCCAAACCUAUGAUAAAAAUAGUAGUAAAUGGAACAGUUUCUCCUUUUGGUGGUGUACCAUCAAGCUUGAAGUCAUUGUUUGAAUUGAUUUAAUCUGAUAAUUGACCUAUAAUUGUCAUUGUAUACGAUAUUUCUUGAACACCUGUUACAUCAUAAAAAAAUUUUUUUCUUUUAAACAAUGUGUUUAUUUACUGCCAAAUACAGUAAAGUUGAAAUUUCUAUCACGGUAGGUAUAGAUAAAAUACUUUGUUAUUUUGAGUGCCUCUUCGAGCAGUUGAAAAAAUAAAACAAUGC